GCCUGGACUUUGACACCCCUGGGACCAUUAGUGAGGGUAAAGAAAUACAUGAGCCCCAACUGAUUCUUUCUGAAGUCCAUUCCUGAUGAUCACCGGCGUGGAAGAGGUCGGCUUGUUGGAAAGUGGGUGCUCUUAUUCAGACAGUGGCAUCAUGGGAAGUCUGCUGCUACCCCCCUUUCCUCAGUUGCUGGAAGUCAGUUAAAUGCAUUUUAUUUUGAAAGUUCCAGAAAAGUGUGUACUGGAGUUUUAAUGUUGUUUCCAUGGCUGGGUCCCAACACUACAGUGUUUUAACCCUUCACGGUGUUCGACUCCGCUGCUGUUGUAGAGAAACAGCAGCUGAUGCUAUUAAUCUUUAACACCAGAAGAGAAAACAUCCCUAGUGUCAUGUGAGAAACUGCACUUUACACUCAGCUGGAGGAAACUUCACCAGAAACACGACCAUCAGAGAACAUCAUUUCACACACGGAGAAAUAAAAUAUCUGCAUUUGGGAAUAAAAACAAGGCAGCAGAACAAGAAGAAAUCACAAGCGUUUGUGUGGAGCAGCACUGCCGGGAUCGCAGUAUUAAGUCGUUCACUUGGGGUGAAACUGAAAAACCCAGCGGACUCUGCUUUCCCCACAGGUUUAAAAUGUUUACGAGGUGGUUAACUUUCAUAGCUUUUCUGGCUGGCUCAAUAAAUCCGGGAAGCAGAGCUUCCGGUCGGGGCUCAGUGACCUUUGCAUCAACCUGCAGGGUCAAAGGUGAACCAGAGGAAGAGCUGAUUUUACACUGUGGAGAUGGCAAAAAUGAAGGUGUGGUCCAAUUCUGGCACACCCCAUUUGGUGACCUCCAGACUUCUGGCUCACUAUCUAAUCUGGACCCUGUGUUUACGCACCAAGAUGGCAACCUUGUGAUCCCAAACUCCAGCAUCCACCACAGUGGGCUCUAUUACUGCAUCCUGCAGCACACAGAGGGAUCUACACUGUGGCCCUUUGAACUUUAUGUUGGUUUAAGCAACCAAAACAUGGAGGAUGACCAUGAAGGAGGCAAUGGCUGUCCCUCACACAGGUUCAGGAGGAAUGCAGGUUCUCCAAGUGAAAGAAAAUCUGUGGUUUCAGAGGAGAUUUUUGUAGGAGCUGUGGCCGCAACGAUUCUGCUGACGUUUGUGGUGGGAUUCAGUGCUGGAGCUCUGUCAAGGACCCAUGUUCUCAGAUGUUUACAGGCAGUCCGCAUGAGGCUGUCACCAAAGCGGCGAAGACACAAAACUGACGAGCCAGAUGGCUCCCAGGUAACUGUGACAACCCUGCCACCCAUGUAUGAAACCCACGCCUUUAAAAAGAGAGCAAUGCACCAUGACUCUCCAGUCUACAGAACCACAGAGACACCACCAGUUCCACUUACAACCCCGUCUCCACCUGCCAAACCCAAGAGAAGCUGUCGGCACAAAGAACAACCGGAAGGCGCUGCAUACUUAGAAGGAUGUGGUUACAGCCGGGCGAAGGGGAUGAAAGGAGGGUGUGAUGGUGAAGCAAAGGAGGAGACCACAAAACUCUCUUUCUUCUUAGAAGACAAUAAAGGAAGUCAAAGUGAAACGGAGGAGGACAAGUUCAGUGAGGACAGAGAGGAAGAAGAUGGAGAAGCAAGUGGGGAGAGGGUGGACUGGAGAAUGGAGAAACAAGAUGCAGCAAGGGAGCAUGGCAGUAGAGAGAUGAGAGAUGAAGAGGAUGAAAGACAACAAACAGAUGAGUGUGACGAGUUGGAGCAGGCAUCUACAGAAACAGAUGAAGAGAGGAGCAAUAAAAAUGACACAGAGACGAUGAAAGGUGAGACCACAAGAGAAGACGUGUCUUCCUCUUCUCCCCGGCGUCACAGACGUGUUAUCCGCUUGUACCAGUAUGACGAGGACGGCCAGAGAUACAGCCACCUCCCGGAUCCACCCCACAAGGCUUCAGAACCAGUUCCCAGGCUCAAACAGCGCUCCCUGUCUCUAACGCGCUUGAACGCCAUCAUGGCAGCAGCCUCCACAGGGCCGAUGGAGUCGAAGGAGAAAGGCGAGGAAAAGCCACUCUUCCGCAUGGACAUUUAAGACUUCAAUACAGAAGGGAGAUGAUGUGGAAUCUAAAAAGCUUUUCCAGGAAGCAGUGAAUCUGAGGGGCAAACCACCUCAGAGACUAAUGCACUGUUUGUUUGGAAACAAGCAACUAUCAAGCCACAAAUAUCCCAAAAUCCAACAAAUUAGUUGUCUAUGUCUGAUAAAUCAAAUAAAAUUCUAAUAAAUUCCUUCAUUCAUCUUCUAUACCGCUUAUUCCAUAGUGGGUCAAGGGGGAGCUGGUACCCGCUUCUUGCCCAUAUUAUAUAAAUUUAAAUAAAUGAAUUUAUUUAAUGAAUUUAUUCUAAUAAAUUCAUUAAAUAAAUCUGGUUUGACAUGUGACUGACCAGGGUGUGACCCGGCUCUCGCCCAGUAACUGCUGGAAAUGGGUACCAGCUCCCCGUACGACCCUGCAAGGACAUAUGGGUAUAGGCAAUGGAGAGACAUUAAAUAAAUAUCUAGAAUUUUAAUUUCUGAAAUUAAAUGUUGAAGUCAUCAAUUUAAAACUUGAAUUCAUUAUGUGUGAUGAUCAAAAUUGCUCCUUAUUUCCUGUGCCUCAACCAAUCAUGAAAUGUAAAGCGCUAGUGUGAGUUAAACAGACCCUAACAUCUGAUUGGUUAACGUGUAAAGCAGCUGAACUCCAGACCAAUCACAUUGUGUAUGGCCGUUUUAGCUCUGCCCACUGAGUUUUAUGGGUAGGGCUGACAAGUUAAAUAAAUCGAUGUACUGUAAUACAGGAACAAUUAAUAAAUAUUGAAAUAAUUAUAUGCUGUUAAGAAACACAUUUCUGAAAGUUUGUUUUUAAUAAAUCACAGAAAAAUUUUAAUUAUA